AUGGGUGUUAACCAGACGAGCAACAAGAACUGGAUCUUCGACCACAUUGUCAAGAACAAGGGUACACUCAACUACUGUGUGCGAUGGGACAGUACGCAGAAACUUUCCAAGACUGUGGCCUCCAAGUUCAAGGCCAUGUUGGAGCGUCAAUACGCUGCAUGGAACCGUUGGCUGAUCGGCUACGGCUGCUGGCCGUACGACGAGAUUAAGGUCAAUAUGGUUGGCUUUGCUGUCAAGGAGGCGUCUUUGUUGGAUUGGAAAGAUGACUCGCUCGGUAAGAUCUAUGCCGGGGACUUGGACCCUGAGGGUGUUCCACGAUGCCCUCAAACCUGCUACGAUUUCUUCGAUAACGGUCCUAGAACCUGGUCGGACACGAGUGCAUGUGAGGGUGAGCCGUUCGGCUUGUCGCUUUGGCCGAAACAAGGUCUCGAAGGCGGCCUUGGCUACGAUUGGGGCCAGGAAGUGAAUCUCGAGAGCAUGAUACAGAACAUAGACGAGGAGAUUCUCCACAUUGUGGCUCACGAAAUCGGUCAUGGCUUCGGUCUUCCGGACUUCUAUGAGGACGCUGAUAAGCCUGCGAAAGGCAUGGCCCCGGCUAUCAUGAUGGCCGGUAGCUCGAUGACUAUCACGGAUACAGACGGAUGGAUGUUUCGUCGCGCAUACGAGAGCAUCCGAGAUCGCUACAGCUUCAAGUAA